UUUUGUCUUCUGGCUGCUGGCAGCAUCUGCUACGUUGGAACUUGGAAGCAUCAUUAAAUAGCCUUCUCUACAAUAAUCCAGCAAGGAGCGGGCUUACUAAUAUCCUGGUUCAAAGUGCCUUCGACGUCGCAAAAUGGGUACCAACAUUGAAAACACUGCCACACAUAGUGCCAUUUACCGCGUUAGCGGCGAACGCACCUUGUUCGAAUAUGUUUCCGAGCAGAAGAAUGCAUUGGCUGCUUCAAUUGCUGGCAUUCCAGUGGAGGAAGCCACUUACCAGAUAGAACUGGCACUGAGUUUCAUGAAAUACUAUAUGGAACGGGAUGAGGACGGUUUAAUGGAUGAACCUACCGCCGUACAUCGCUUGGUCGUUGAUAAGCGCAAAUCAGUGUUCGAAAUCCUGCUAGACGUGCACUCGGCUAUGCGUUCCACUUGCGUUGGAUUUAGUCUGUAUUUUGUUGGCGCGGAUUCGUCGAAGAAUGCGUUUAUAGGAAAGCUGUUAGAGUUUACUAACUUUGAUACGGGAGCUAAAGAGUUGAAUAUUCCCCCGAUGAGUAUGGAUGCCUCGUUCUGCUCGAUGAUAGUUUUCGAUUCCAGUGAUCUGGAAUCCGCCACUGAUGUUCUAGCCAAAGCAUGGGUGAACUGCUCGGUUCCAUGGCUCAUCAGAAGCGUACUCGUACAAGAAACUGUCCAGGAAAAGUUUAUCCAACUGUUGGAGAGUAAACUGAAACCAUUCACUGACAAUGUGCCAUUCGAGAAAAAUCUUCGUACUGCCGUCAAUAAAGCAUCCAAGACUGGAUUGAGAUUGAUUCAGAACCCGAAGGAUGCUAAGGACCUGAAGCCAACUGUGGUGUAUGGUUCUAGUGUGGAUUUCUUUUUGGAGAAUGAUGGUAAUGUAAGUCCUGUGGUUGUUAUGAAUGUUUUUAGAACUGCCAAGGAGGCGGUUGCCCUGGCAAAUAAGGAUAAUGGCGGAUCGGUGUCUCUUUGGACCGAAGAACUGUCGUUGGCUUUCGAGUGCGCAUAUGCGGUAGCUGCCCAAACAGUUUGGGUCAAUUCGCAUGCCCUUUUUAAUCCGGCAUUCCCAUAUACAUUCCGUCGUAAUGACUACUGUUACGGAUCCAAGUACGCCAUUUGCGAGAAAAAAGUUAAAACCAUGUUUGUACCUACAGCGGAAAAUCCUACUAACUCGUUCGAAAGGAACAGAGCUGCUAUAAGUGCACUGGGAAUCGCCUCUAGUGAUGUAGCCGAGCAGCGUUUUUCUCUUGUGCGUAAUGAGAACAAUAUUCACUACGAAAUGGUUAGCAUGCCGUACAAGAUUGAGAACUACAAUACCGGUAAUCGCCUCCAGAUUGUGGAAAACUUCUGGGACAUGUUCCUUACAAUCGAUUCUUCCGAUCGCUAUUUGGCGAUGGACUCCGUUCACAACCAGCGCAAGACUGUUGUCAUUCCGUAUGGAGUAAGCUUUGCUAACUAAAUGUUGCUUAUCAGAUUAAUGCAUGUUGAGAUUGAAAUAUUCGAAUUACUUAUCGUUAUGCAGUAAUGUUUUUCA